CGUUCCCGCGCCCUCGCUGCCGCAACACGCCGCUACGCGGUACGCCCCUCCCUACUCCAUCCAUCAGUCAGUCAUACAAUAACAUGUGAGAGGAGCAGUCGUUUGCUUCCAUAACUUACUAACAUUCACGCGGUCAACUAGGUCAUAUAUUUUCCGCUUACUACACGAUGAGCAUGAUAUAGCCGAAUGGUGUUCAGUAUUUAUAGUGAUAGUGAUUUUUUUGAGAUUCAGUGAAUUAAGGGAUUUGCGGCUCUUUUGAAGUGUACGGGAUGCGUGCGUGAGCGCAGCGCAUGACGUGCUACGAAACGUUGAGAGCUCCGGCACCCGCCGCGGACGCCCCCAUGGCGCACCACUUUGUCAAGUGGUGGCGCAACAAGUUUAGAAAUGGCUAUAAGAAAUUCAGUCUCGGAAUGGAAGGUGACCGGACGGACACUGAAGAACUUGUCGGCCGAGCUACAUCACAGAGCUCAGCGCCACCUGAUCUACUACCAAGUGAGGCGCGAGCUUUGUUACAGCCGGUUAUACCUCCUCCGCCACCGCCCCGUUUGAUGCGACCUACAAAUGAACCUUCCCACAAACCGCCAUCGUACCCCGCUCCAGAGAACCACGAAGAUAAUCCUAGAAUGCGAUUUGAGGAAUUGACCUGUGAUGUAGAACUACAACAUCCGGAACCUUCUAAGCAACAACCGUUACAAUUUUCAUUUACGCUUUACGAUCUUGAUGGACACGGGAGAAUGACUAAAGAUGACAUAGCUGGAAUUGUGUCAACAAUAUACGAAUCCAUCGGGAAAUCGGUUACGGUACCCCAUUAUGGAUCUAAAACCAUACAAGUGCGGUUAACGGUCGUACCAGAGAACGGUAAAUCACGCAGUCAACGAGAACGAAGAGAGGCGCAAAGGCGCCGGCGGAAAGACGUUCCGAUGUCUGUUAAUGUUACGCAGCCAGACUGCGCACCCCACAGCGACGACGACCAAAGAGACAGAUUAUCACCGGAUGACGAUUUGUCUUCAAAGUCGUCGUGUUCGGGCGAGCACAGGACAACUGUUCCCGAUCGUAGACCUACAGCGGUCAUUCAUCCACGUCACCACCGCCAUCCACCACCACGCAGGGAACAUCGCGAACGCAAGCACACUAAAAAACGUUCUGGAAGCCUACAGAGAAGAGAGUUGCUCGAAAUCAUUCAGGCUAAUAUGGAGAAGAACCAUUUGAGCUUUCAAGCCUCAAGGAAGCCCUGCGAAUCUAUUGGCAAUGAUGACGACUACAACAAAUAUCAGAAAGUACGGAAGAGAUCGUAUACUGUUAGCGAGAAACCAACGAAUGCAUUCCAAAAAACGACAACGGACUCAAACGGCAACGGUUAUCUGGAUUUGGCCAGCGGCGGCGACUCUCACUUGUGUAGAUACGAUCGUUAUUUGCAUGCAGUGAUAUGUUCGUCGGCGAAGCACGCGCAUACCGGAUACCAUCAGAAACAAACGCAGGCGACGCGACCGGCGCGCGCACCGCACCCGCCGCGCUCGCGCUCCCACGACCUCCACGCCAGCACGCCUCCCCAUCAACAACACCCGCGAGUCUUACAAAUCAUUUUCUUAUAAAACACAAACAGGGGCAUCGCUAAUUGCAGCCUUGCCCUUGUCUAAUUAUGGGUCAGACAAAAACAUUUCCAGUUACCAAGUGAUAUUUAAGAGGAAAUCCGCUGAUCGUUUACAAAAUCGAAUAUGUUGUGUAAUGUAAAUUAAGGCACGUAACAGUAUUUAUUGACAAUAUUAUCUGCUAAUUAUUUCUUGGACGAACAAUGAAAUGAUCGCGUGUUGUAGAGGUAUCGACUUGAUUGAACACAGUGAUUUAGUUAAAUGCUCAGUAAGUACAUUGAGUACAUUUUGAUUAACUCAUUUUAGAGUUGAUAGACUGAUCUUAGAUAUAAGUGUUAGGUGCUCCUAGAAUGAUAGUUUAUAAAUUGUUACAUGACACAAUUUUGCUAGUUUUUCGUUAUGAUUAUAAUAUAAUACAAUAAUUUAGCAAUUAUCAAGUUUGACUUUAUUAUUUUCAUCACUUUUAAACUUAGUUUUAAACAUACAAAUUACCUAUGUCAGUAUUGUGUUUAUAAUUUAUUAAGAAUCUCUGUAUCUACCUCUUAUUUUUUCCUUAUUCGUAAUUUAUUUUGAUUUGUGAGUUUUUUUUUGUUAAGCUUAGGGUCGGCUUAAUAUGUGAUAUGUCCAUUUUGUGUUGUAUUUGUUUUAUCGAAAAUACAAUUCUGUUCGAACGGUGUAUAGAGGUGUACAAAGUGCUCGAUCUUGUCAAUGAUAUUUAUUUUACUAUCAAUAUUAAACUUGGGAGAUUAA